GUUUCCGGCGCAAGGCUUCCAGGUUCGGCGGCCAAAAAUUCAGGUGGGCCUCGCAGCUGCACUUUUUCUGUGCCUUUUUUUACUGCCAUUCGGAGCGCUGCCGGCUGCGUUUUCAAGAGUCAACCCGGACGCUUCUACCAGACAAUCUCGCAAUAUGGGCAAACGCACAAAGGGCUUGGCCGCCUCUUCCAAGGCUGUGGACCCCACCCUCGACGCUCUCUUCUCCUCCAGUGCCGGUCCCGUUCAGGCGCCUUCCAAAUCAAGAUAUCAGGCUCUCCUCGACAAGAAGCCCAAGGAUGCGCCGCCGCCCAAGGUCGUGUUGCAGGAGGACGACGAUGAGGACGGCAACGACGACGAGCUCUCCGAAAUAAGCGAGGAAUUGGAUUACGAGGACGACGAAGAUGAAGAUGACGAGGACGAAGACGAGGAGGAGGCCGACGGUGACGACGCCGAAGAGGACUCUGGCGCUUCAGACAAGGACGAAGAGUCCGAGGAGGCUAACGGCGCAGACGAGUCGAUGGCCGAUGCUCCCGCCCAGCUCGACGAUGUCAUCAAGGCCACAGAGGGAGAAAAGUCGAAGCGGGAACGGAAACGCAAGAGGAAAGACGAGAAUGACGACCUCGAGGGCAAGUACUUGACCAAGCUUGCGGCCGACGAUGAGCCCACCGGCAAGCGCCAGAGGAACGACGCCGUCAAGCCUGUCGGUGAGGCCGACGAGGAGAGCGAUGACAACGAGGACAACGACCUUCCCGUCCACGAGUCCCUUGCCAAGGAUGCCAAGGACACGGGAGGCUCAGAUCUGGAGAAGGCUGCUCGCACAGUCUUCAUCUCCAACGUCUCCACGACGGCCAUCUCAUCCAAGGCGGACAAGAAGACCUUGCUGGCACAUCUCUCGUCCCUCCUCGAGAAGGAUGCCUCACCGCCGCAGACCAUCGAGUCCAUCCGAUUCCGCUCAAUUGCCUUCGGAGGCGGCUCACUGCCCAAGCGAGCUGCUUACAUCACCAAGACAUUGAUGGAUGCCACCACCAAGUCCGCCAAUGCUUACGUCGUGUACUCCACCUCCGUGGCGGCCCGGACGGCGGCCACCAAGCUCAAUGGCACCGAGGUUCUUGGUCGACACAUCCGAGUCGACAGCGUUGCCCAUCCCAGCCCCACAGACCACCGCCGCUGCGUGUUCGUAGGCAACCUGGGUUUCGUCGACGAUGAGACGGUCCUCAACAGAAACGCCGACGGUGAAACUACGGAGAAGAGGCGCAACAAGACUCCCUCUGACAUCGAGGAGGGCCUGUGGCGCACCUUCGGCAAGCAGGGCAAGGUCGAGAACGUCCGUGUAGUUCGAGACCCCAAGACUCGCGUCGGCAAGGGCUUCGCCUACGUACAGUUUUAUGACGGCAACGAUGUCGAGUCCGCUCUUCUCCUCGAUGGAAAGAAGUUUCCUCCCAUGCUACCCCGUGCGCUGCGCGUCACCAGGGCCAAGGACCCUCGCAAGACUACUCUUGCUCAAGAGCGAUCCAAGGCCAAGACUACUGCCGUCAAUGGGGCUACGAAGAGCACAAAGUACAAGGCCAAGGCCACCCCGGAGCAGCAGUCCAUGGCCGGCCGAACUGGCAAGUUGCUGGGCCGGUCUGCCGCUGCCCAGCAGCGCCAUGGCAAGCGACCGGCGAGGACCGACGUCCCCGAGGGUAUUGCCACGAUCAAGACCCCGGAGCAGUUUGUCUUCGAAGGCCGCCGAGCGACCACCAGAGACGCCCUUCCCAAGGAUCUCAAGGCCAAGAAAUCCAAGGCGAGCCGCGGAGUGGAAGAAGAAGAACUGAUGGGUGACGACGCAUUGAGGUUGAACAGGCUGGGUGGGACGAAGCCUUGUUUCAGUGGCCCGCGCGCGGGGGCGGGAGAAGAAAAAGUUGUGCAUUUUCCGCAGUGGCCUGGCCGCUGGCUUAUUACUUCGCCAGUCUCAUAUUAGGUGUAAAUGCAAAGAAAGGAUACGCGCCCUUAAAACUCCUGAGGGGCUUAUGUAGUUGUUGCUCAUAUACCCGCCAAUGUAUAUAUAUACCAACAUGGAAUGCAAUUGUUUUCUUUCAA